GCGACUGCGCACUGCGCAAGCGCGCCUCCUGGGCCGGGCGCUCCGGCGCGGAGUCCCGGCCGCAGCCUGCAGAGCGGCGGAGCGCAGCGCAAUGGUCGCGGCGCUGUUUGGCUGCUGGUUCCGCGUGGGCGGGGCCCGCCCUGGGAUGUCCGGCCGGGUCAGACCGAUCGGCCCGACUGUGGUACAGACCUCCAUGAGCCGGUCCCAGGUAGCCCUGCUGGGCCUGGGCCUGCUGCUCAUGCUGCUACUGUACGUGGGGCUGCCAGGCCCCCCUGAGCAGACCUCCUGGCUCUGGGGAGGCCCCAAUGUCACAAUCCUCGCUGGUCUCACCCCUGGCAACUCCCCCAUCUUUUACCGCGAGGUGCUGCCACUCCACCGGGCACGCAGGGUGGACGUGGUGCUACUCCACGGAAAGGCCUUUAACUCCCACACAUGGGAGCAGCUGGGCACACUGCAGCUGCUGGCGCGGAGGGGCUACCGGGCCGUGGCCCUUGACCUCCCAGGAUUUGGGAACUCAGCACCUUCCAAGGAGGCCAGCACAGAGGCAGGGCGGGCGGAGCUGCUGGAGCGAGCGCUGCGGGACCUGGAGGUGCGCAAUGCUGUAUUGGUUAGCCCCUCUCUGAGUGGCCGCUACGCCCUGCCUUUCUUGAUCCGAGGCCACCACCAGCUGCGUGGAUUUGUGCCCAUUGCACCCGCCUCCACCCAGAACUACACCCAGGAACAGUUCUGGGCCGUGAAGACCCCGACUCUCAUCCUGUAUGGGGAGCUGGACCGUAUCCUGGCUCGGGAGUCACUGCGGCAGCUCCGCCACCUGCCCAACCCACUCCGUGGUGAAGCUGCGUGACGCAGGCCAUGCCUGCUACCUCCACAAGCCACAAGACUUCCACCUUGUCCUCCUUGCCUUCCUUGACCGCCUGCCUUGAGUUCCUCCACUGACCAGGGCCCAGGCCUGGCCUGAACUUGGAGAGUCUGGACCAGGGCCCCACUAGGGAGGCAGCCCCUGGGAUUGGAGGGUGGAGGCCAGAGGGCCAGGCCUAGUCGGGACCUCUCAUUUCAUCUCACAGGCACAAUAAAAAAUGCAUUUUUUGUCA